AAGAACUUCCGCUGCAGGAGCAGGGACAUGUUCAUUGUACAAGCUGUUCUGAAAGAAUACCGCGGCUAUUGAGGUGAAGUCUGAAAUACGUGAUUUCUUCAAAGUUGUUUAAUCGGUGAAAGACGAUUUUUGUGUUCCGAUUUAGUUUGAUACGUGUUAACCGGUUAGAGCUGCAUGUACGAAUGAGCGAAAAGUAACGGUUGCGCGUUGUACAUAAUCGACAUCACCGUUGUCGGCUCAGGAAUUUGUUCGUGAUCACAGCUAGCUUAGCUAGCUAGCCAUUCUAGCCUGUAUUGUGGAAUGGAUUUUUAGCCAUAGACCGUUUCUAGCUCGACGAGGAAUCUCAUUAACGUGUCAUUUUAAUUGUUAUAGUUUUUCCGCAUUGUUGUUUAAUUUGAGAGAAAAACAGCCUUUUCCUAGUUAACGCUUGUCUGUAAAGAAGAAAGGGGACAUUGUGGGAGGAGAAAAUAACGUUCUCAGUGGUUUUUACAAGAACAGUCCCCAAACCAACAAUCAUGAACGGGUUCAGCACAGAAGAAGACAGCCACGACGGCCCACCAGCGCCGCCGUUUUACGGCCAGACUUGUUGUUUGAUUGAGGACGGUGAGCGCUGCGGACGAUCAGCUGGAAACGCCUCCUUCAGCAAGCGUAUCCAAAAAAGCAUAUCGCAGAAAAAACUAAAGCUGGACAUCGACAAAAGCGUUCGACACCUCUACAUAUGCGACUUCCAUAAAAACUUCAUCCAGAGUGUUCGUAACAAGAGGAAGAGGAAGACUAGCGACGACGGAGGGGAGUCUCCAGACCAUGACUUGGAAGUUCCAGAGGUGGACCUGUUCCAGCUCCAGGUGAACACGCUGAGACGCUACAAGAGACACUACAAGCUGCAGACCAGACCUGGCUUAAACAAGGCCCAACUGGCCGAGACUGUCAGUCGUCACUUCCGGAAUAUCCCGGUGAACGAGAAGGAGACUCUGUCCUAUUUUAUUUAUAUGGUGAAGAGCACCAAAAGCCGAAUGGACCAGAAGUCGGACGGCAGCAAACCGCUGGAGUAAAGGCCACCAGUGAACCUCCCAUACCAAGACUUGGACAUGGACACACGUGUGUUUGAUAACAAGGUGUUUCCGACAGGCAGCCGAACCUGAUUUUAAGACCGUUGUUGAGACUCCGCAGGGUAAUGUAAUGCUGUAAUGUGAAUAUGCCGAUAUGUACAAAAUGAACAGAGUAUGAAGAUAUCAGCAACACGUAGAAUGCAAUGUAUGAUAGCUGCCGUAAAGAUGUUUGGUAUUUUUAGUUUUUUUGCGUCGACUGUUAACAUGUUUUUUUUUUUUUUUUAUGCUUGUGCCAAACCCAGAGUGUGCAAACUUAAGAUAUCAAUAAACUGGACAGGGUGCGUUUUGUGAAUGAAAAGAUAAUUGAAAGGGUUUUGGGAAGCGUUGUACAUUUUCUGGAGUCCAGCUCGUACUCAUUGUGUCAUCCAGUGGUGUGACAUGCAUGUGAAGACUGAGGAUGUUGAACGAUGUAGCAUUUGGGCCGAGUCUUAUUUUCUUAAAUUGUAUUUUUUUCACUCAGACUUUUCCCUCUCCUGUCUUCUACGCUGAAACACACACAGACUGAAGUGGCGUUUCAGUGAAACACAAGCUCUUUUUCAAGUAUUGGUGGUGAUUUUCUAUGAUUUGUCUUUUCUUUUACUCACUACCUUUGUGAGAAAUAUAAAGAACAGUACUUUAGUUCAUCCUUGAUUGUAAGAUUUCUAUGUAAAGUUGUGUCUGGUGGGAAAUAACUAUUUCAACAGUUUUGGAUUUUGUCAUUUUCAUGCUUUCAGCUUUUGAGACUCAUUUUAAGCAAUUAAUUGAAGCUGUGUUCAUUAGGGUUGAAAAUGCGUCAUUGUUACUAUAUAUAUAUAUAUAUAUAUAUAUAUAUAUAUAUAUAUAUAUUAUAACGUAUUAUUUCAAAAGCCAAUGUAGUUGCUGUACUACCACAGUGAACUGUAUUUGAACCACCUAAAUUGCUUUCACGGUGCACACGAGCACUGGCUGUACUUUGCUUUAGUGUUCACAAUAUGUUUGUUCUGUUCUAUUGGAAUGUAUUUCUGAGCAAUCAUGUCCCCCUCGGCUGUCAAGUCCAUUUCCUUUCCUGGCACAGUGUUGAAAUUAUGUGUGUGUCUAGUGAACACACGAUAACAGUACCAAUUAUAGUCACUGGAGGAAGAUGGGAGUUGUACAACAAAAAAAACAAAAAAAUACAAUUUACUUUUAGCUUC